AUGAUAUCUAUCUAUCUAUCUAUCUAUCUAUCUAUCUAUAUACAUACACACACUGGGGGAAAACAAACCGUCAAUUUUUCUUUUCUUUUUUCUGUUUCGUGUCCCUGUAUUCGUUUACUUUUUUGUUGUUUUUGUUGUCUCUUCUUGUUUCUCUUCUUUUUUUCUCUUUUUUCUCUUCUUCUUUAUCUUCAUUCUCUUCUUUACCUAACUUUUUUCUCUUCUUUCUCUACUUUCUCUUCUUCUUUCUUUUCUUUCUCCUUUCCUUUCUCUUCUUUUCUUUCUCUUCUUUCUCUUCUUUCUUCUCUUUUUUCUUCUUUCUCUUCUCUCUCUUCAUUGUCUUCUGCUUUCUUCUUUUUCUUCUUCUUUCUCUUUUUUCUCGUCUUUUUUCUCAUUUCUCUUCUUUCUAUUUUUCUCCUCUUUUUUUCUCUUUAUCUUCUUUUCUUCUGUCUCUACUUUCUCUUCUUUCUCUUCUUUCUUUUCUUCUUUUUCUUAUUUCUCGUCGUUUUUCUCCUUUCUCUUUUCCUUUCUCUUUUCCUUUCUCUUCUUCUUCUUUCUCUUCUUCUCUUCAUUCUCUUCUUCUUCUUCUUCUUCCCCCCUUUCUCUCUCUUCUUUCUCUUCUGUCUCUUCUUCUUUCUCUUCUUUCACCUACUCUCUCUUCUUUCUCUUCUGUCUCUUCUUUCCCUUCUUUUUUCACCCAAAGUAGAUGCUGGGUACCCUUUUUACCCUUUCCCUUUUUAUGUUAUUUUUCUACGUCGUCGUCUUUUUUAUCUUGAUUUCUUUUCCUUCAAUUUAUCUCUUCUUUCUUUUCUUUCUUUCUUUCUACCCCCUCUUCUUUUUACCCUUUCCCUUUUUCUGUUAUUUUUCUACGUCGUCUUCUUUUUUUAUCUUGAUUUCUUUUCCUUCAAUUUUAUCUCUUCUUUCUUUCUUUUCUUUCUUUCUACCCCCUCUUCUUUUUACCCUUUCCCUUUUUCUGUUAUUUUUCUACGUCGUCUUCUUUUUUUAUCUUAUCUUUCUUUUUUCCUUCAAUUUAUCUCUUUCUUUCUUUCUUUUCUUUCUUUCUACCCCCUCUUCUUUUUACCCUUUCCCUUUUUCUGUUAUUUUUCUACGCCGUCUUCUUUUUUUAUCUUGAUUUCUUUUCCUUCAAUUUUAUCUCUUCUUUCUUUCUUUUCUUUUUUCUACCCCCUUCUUCUUUUUACACUUUCCCUUUUCUGUUAUUUUUUUUCGUCAUCUUUUUUUUUUAUCUUGAUUUCUUUUCCUUCAAUUUAUUUCUUCUUUUUUUUUCUUUUCUUUCUUUCCCCCUCUUCUUUUUACCCUUUUCCCUUUUUCUGUUAUUUUUCUACGUCGUCUUCUUUUUUAUCUUGA